AAAAAAAUGCGUUUAAAGGUUCAAGUAUUAUUGCUAUAGCCGUAGCUAGGACGAAUUUUGUGAGGGAGCUUGGAGAAAAGUAGAGGUGCUUACAAUUUAAUCAAAAUAACAUUAUUUAAUAUCAAUUUAAAGCCUAUUUAAAAAAUCAAAAAAUUAAAUAUAUUAAUAUAAAAAUUACAAAAACAAAAUAAUAAUGUAUUAUAUGUAUGUAUAAACAAAAAAAAAAUGUCUUCUAUUGCAUUUAUGCAUACAAAUACAAUAAUAAACUCCUAACAAUUUAAAAAGCAAAAGAUUGUAUAAAGGUACAUUAGUCGUUUCUUAUUCCGAUUAGAGAAUGCAUGGCACCCCCUGGUUACGGCCCUGAUUAUUGCAUAAUUUUAUCUUUUCUUCAUUGCUUUAGUCCGCAAUACGAUCUUCUUUGCGACUUCGGCGCUCUUGAUCUUUGCUACAUGUUCGCAUAAUCAACAAAAAUUUUGUAUUAUUGACCUAUAAUUAUGCCUAUUGUCUUCACAACUUUUAAACAGUCACAUAAUCGUCACAGUUUUCAAAAUAUAAUAAUGACAAGUUCCCAACAAACUUAUCGACAAUAUACUUAUGACAGAGAUCGACUGCAAUAAUUAUUCCACAUCUGCUCGACAAUAAAACUCAGCAUAUUCAUGGUGAAUUGACUAAAACAUUUUCGUCGUAAUUAUAUUGUAAUUCAAUUAUUUUGAAUCAUACCCUAAGGUACACAAUUUGUACGCAUAAAACUAAAAAGUUACGUAAUUAAAUUACUGAAAAGAAUACAAUGGCUUGUUAUAUGUAUGUACACAUAUAUGUCCACGUACGUCAUUAUUCCUUAAUUAAAACUUUCUUUAGUUGUCAGCCACAAAGGAGCGUGGAAACCUUAUAAAUAUCAAGAGACGCGGUCACGAUUUGCGCCAAGUAAUACGCAAAGCGAGGAGUGUGUGAAACGAUAGCAUAAAAAGUUCAUAAAGAUUACUCAUCCUUACACAUCACAUCAUAACACAUAUUAUUUUACAGGCUACUCUAAUUAGAAUUGCAAAUUUGAUUUACAACACAAAUCGAACUGCAGUAGAAAUCUAACUCUAGCAGUUUUCCUUAUGUUACUGGAUUGUUCGGUAGUAUACUGCCUGCAAUAACUUUAAAAACAUUACAUUAGUGUAAAAAAAAGUGUUGUAAAAGAAAGAAAAUAUUUCUUAAUAAUAAAAACCAAGCUAAUUUCUGAUUCGUUAAUAAUUAUAUAUUAGUCACAUUCAAUUCAGAUACUUUUUUCUACGCAAUAUCUCAUAUAAUCAAAUAAAUUUUUGUUGUAAUUUAAACUGCGUUUCAAUGUCAAUGAUAAGAAGAAUCACAUUAGAGGAGGAAAUAAAAAAAAAUCCUCAAUUGAAGCUAUCCGAUAUACAAUCACUGAGAGAAUGGUGCGAGAAACAACCCCACUUACCAAAAAUUGAGGAUAGCUUUCUCGCUUUGUUUCUUCACAGCAAUUAUUAUAACAUAGAACCAACUAAAAAUACAAUUGAGAAUUAUUACACGACAAGGACACAUUUACCAGAAUUUUUUUGCAAUCGGGAUCCACUUGAAGAAAAAAGGCUACAAGUCUUCAAAGUCACGGCUUAUUCCCCUCUAAGUGGAGUAACGAAAGAAGGUUACGCGAUGAUGUAUGCAACAUUUGUGGAUGGUGAUCCUUCUCACUUUAACUUGAAUGCAGUGGUCAAAUAUUUCUUCAUGUUAUGCGACAUUCUUUUUCUAACGAAUGGUACAAACAAUGGUUUUGUCUUUAUUGGCAAUGCUGAUAAACUAUCUUUUGGUCAUGUCGCGCGAAUAAGUCCAUUGGCAGCCAAGAAAGCUUUAUACUAUGUUCAAGAGGCAAUGCCAGUGCGUCUAAAAGAAAUCCAUGUCAUAAACGUACCACCUGCCGUGGAAUUGCUCAUGAAUAUUGUCAAACCUUUUAUGAAGAAAGAGAUGAUAGACAUGAUACAUUUUCAUUCAUCGUUGGAAAGCCUUUCCAAGUACAUUCCGAUAGACGCACUGCCGAACGAGAUGAAUGGAAAAGGAGGUUCAAUACAGGAAUUAGCCGAAAUUCAAGUGAAGCGACUCGAAGACUAUCGUGAAUGGUUCCUGCAAGACGAAGCAACCGGACGUGUUAACGAAGCGUUGAGAAUUGGCAAGAGCAAGUCAGCGAAUGAUUUGUUCGGUGUAGAGGGUAACUUUAGAAAACUCGACAUAGAUUAAUGAAACUGUAGGUAUAAUCUUAUAAGAUUUACAACUAUAACGAUUUAUAUGUAUGAAUACGGUUAUAACUAAUUAUUACAUUUUUAUAUGGGAUUUCUUUUUGUAGUAAGUAUUAUUUUGUACUUCAUACUUUAUAAUAUUUUACGUAAUGGAGGCAUAGUGUAAUCCUAAACUAUCCGGAAUAAUCCUUUGGGAAGCAUUGAAGACCCCAAUGAUUUUUUUGUUUUGAAUAAGUCAGUAGACGGAAAAGACCGACUUACUUUUUCUUAAAAAAGGAAAAAUUGUCGAUAGUGAGGACGUAUUGGCCAAAUAAGGUCGUUGUGUUUCUUUAAUUAUGUAUUAUACAGUAAUGAGCGAAAGUCGAGCUGAUGACAUCAACGCUCCCUCCUCCUUUGUAGUCGGAUGGACUUGUGUCUUUCUAAAGUGGCCCAUCGUGUAUUUUUAACCUUUUUAACCUCUGUUAGUCUAUUUUUAGAUUUUAUUUCAAAUAUUUCAAUAUAAUCUAAGUUAUUUUCUUUUUUAAUAGUUAUUCUAAUACAAAUUAAGAAAAAUGUUUCAAAUUUUUAAAAAUUUUAAACCAAGUUUCUCUUUGAAAAAUUUAGGGUGUUUAAUAUUUUAUCGUUCUUCGAAUCAAUAAAAAAUAUUAAAAACGAACAAGUUUUUAAGUAAGAAAUAUCAAAAAAUGUACGGUUUAAACGGCAAUGAAAUAAAUGCAUAUUCAAAAUACUUGUAAUAA